CGCACAACAUAAUCGCAUCGACUGCAAUAAUAAGCCAAAGCAAAGAAGCUACAAAUGUGAAGCUGCAAAGCCAAAAUCGCAGCGCAAAGACCUCCAAGCUAACUUCUAAUCAACCUGCAAAGUGUAUACGUUCACAGGCAGAGGUCAAAGGAGACGUUUUGAGGCUCUAGCUCAGAGAGAAAUGGAACUAACCUUAUACCCAGAUGGACGUACUAUGACGAAAUUAGGUAUAAGAGACAACAUUAUAUUCCUAAUUAACUAACUAGGUUGGGACACCUUUUCUAUCAAAAGAAAAUUUAGUUCCAACAGUAGGUUGACUUUAGAAUUCCUAAGCUCCCUAGUUUACCUGCCAAACCAUGGUAUGGGAUUUAACAAAGGCCUUAUCACCUUUAGGUUGUUCGAUAAUGAGUACUGUUACACCGAUAUAGAAAUAGAUGAACUCCUAGGAUGCCCUAAUGGUCCUAAUACCUUUACCAUUACCCAGGAAGACAGGCUUUUAGACCUUGAAUUAGAUUACUUUUGGAGUAGCAUCACAAGAAACAACCAUCCUGAGUCGGAUCUUAAGCAUUCCGAGAACAUUCGUAACCCUACCAUUCGUUACUUUAAUAAGAUCCUAGCUCACACCUUAUUUGGAAAGAAAUAGAACAAAACCUCUGUGUCAAAAGACGAACUCUUUAUAAUGUAUUGUGCAUCACAGGUCCGACCUGUUAACGCCGCUACAUUUAUGAUAGCUAAUUUGGACCGUAUAUCACAAGAUAACCAUGGACCAAUCUUAGUGGGAGGCUUAGUGACCAUGAUAGCAAAUGCCAUUGGAUUGAACCACCCACUCAUCAGGGUUAUACGACCUAUGAACAUCCAAUUCUGUUUCAACACCGGUAUCAUUAGGAACCUAGGCCCGAAUGUGUUUGAAUUUCUAAUUAACUGCCAAGUAGUACACAUGUUUACCCUGCCAGACCAUAUGACGAGUGUACAUGAUAGGAACAACUGGCUCUAUGAUUUGGAUGGACCACCAGAUGCAUCACCUUCUCCUCUAGAGACACCCGAAAUCUACAACCACUAUGAUACUUUUCUCUCUAACGCUGAAUCACACGUCCCAGCUAUACCUGAUGCACCUCCUACCGAUCAUCUUGCUGCCGUCGAUGUUGUCCAGACAGACAUCGCCUACAUGAGAGGCGAGCUGAGCACUUUGCAUAUGGAAUUCCAUGGCUUUAUGGAUGUAGUGACUGAGAACCUGGAUCACAUCUACCAACACUUCUACUCAUUCGCUCCUCCUACCAGCAGUCUCCGUAAUGGCUAAUUUAUUUGAAUAUUACAGAUUUACUGACAUUUAUUUUAUUUUAUGUUUUGAAUUUUAUUAUUGUUAUUACACAUUGGGAAUUUAUUUACUUCAUUUAUU